CGGAGCUGGGGCCCUGCAGCCCGCUCGGCCGGAUCCCGACAUGGAGGCGCGGGGGCAGCAGGCGGCGACGGGCGCGGGGCUGCGGGGGGAGCUGGAGGCGCGGCUACGGACGCUGGGCAUCAGCCCGCUCUGCGUGGAGCACCCCGAGGUCUUCACGGUGGAGGAGCUGAUGCAGCACGUGGGGCACCUGGGCGGCGGGCACAGCAAGAACCUCUUUCUGAGGGACAAGAAGAAGAAGGGGCUGUGGCUGGUGACGGCGCUGCACGACCGGCAGGUGAACCUCAACGACCUGGGCAAGAAGCUGGGGCUGGGCAGCGGGACCCUCCGCUUCGCAGAUGAAAAAGCCAUGCAGGAGAAGCUGAAAGUGGGCCAGGGCUGCACCACCCCCUUGGCUCUGUUCUGCGACACUGGCGGGGGUGUGAGGUUGGUGCUGGAUGCCGGCUUCUUGGACGGGGGCUAUGACAGGGUCUACUUCCACCCCAUGACCAAUGCCGCGACAAUGGGCCUGACGCCAGAAGACUUCUUGAGGUUUGUGAAGUCCACGGGGCACGAUCCCCUCCUCAUCCACUUCGAGGACAACGCAAUGUAGGCCGAUGUCACCCUGCUGCAAAUUUUGCCAGGGCUUAUUAGCUGAUGACAUACUAGCUACUUACAAACAACAGGCGGGCACCUACGUUUUUCAUUCGGCAGCUUUGCAUUUUAUAACGCAGAGUUUCUUUUCUAAUGAAAGCACAACCUUCAAAUUGUUCUAGACUUAAAAAA